AAUGCGAAGAAGCCGUUUCCAUUGCAGUUUUGCUAAAUAUUCCUUUUUCGAAUUGCCUGAAAAACCACCUCAUGCGAGCGUAAAAACUUUUUUGCGAUCUAUGGGAGUUUUUGCGAAACUGACGCGUUUCAAUUAGGCGUAUUUUCAAUUCGCAAUUUAAAUUUGCGCAUCUUGAAGGGUAAUGGUAACGCAGCUAGUCAUAUGCGCUUUGUUUACGCGAGAGUGUGUCAUUAAGCCGCGACCAGAACUUUGACCAAUCAAAAGUCAGGAUUGAUCCCAGCGUUAGUACUGUGGAAUGAAGGCUCUGGCUCAGGCGCGUAGAGAAAAAGCGAUUACUACAUUAAUGCACGUUAACAACAGUAUUGUCGUGAGCAUUCAGUGCGGUUAUUUAUCGAGCUUUCUCCAAAACCGAGUCAGCGAAAAGCUCCAUUUGCAAGAGGAAUGUGUGGGCUAGUUUGCUAAUGGCAAUGCUAUAGUAGCUCAUCUGGCUCGUGUUUAGUUUUCCAUUUCUGAGUGAUUAGGAAAUACUGUCGUGGCGAGACUCCAAAAGAUGACCGUUUCCUUCUAUAUAACAAUAUAUCACAGCAAUAACUAAUGAAAUAGAUUUUCUCUUCGUUUUUGUGUCCUGCAGAAGAAUUCGCAAUGAACUCAAAACGCAACAACGGUGAAAACGGGGCGGGCAGAAUCAACCCAGUGUCGGUACCAACAGCAACAAACAGCUCGUCAGCGAGCGCUUCUCACCGUAAACAAACUAUAAUCAACUCAUCCCAUAAGGGAGAGAAGGAUGAGUGCAUGCAAAACACAGUCCGGGACAAAAACCUGUCCAUCUCCACACUCAGAACGCGCCUCGGACCGACCAUCCGCUCCACUCUGUCCGCGGCGGUGGACACCCUUCUGGGCGAGAUCGUGGCGGUGCUGUCCGAAACCCAGCGGGAGCUGCUGACCAAAGAGCAAGAGAACGAGAAGCUGAAGGUUCGACUCGAAGUCUCAGAGAGAGAGCUCAAGACGUUACAGGAGUGUCUGUGUAGCGCACAGAAAUUAAUCGACCAGCUUCAGGGUCCCUUUGGGAACCCGUCCAUGCCGGGACCUCACGUCUACGCCACCGGUGGACCCGUGAACUCCAGCCGCUUGACACACCGGAGCGCGCCCGAGCCGGAUCCGCGCUGCUUUACUGGAGCUGAACCCGAGUUGAGUGGCGCUCUGGGUGAUGCCAUACACGGCUUUGACUCCAGGGAGGAAUUCAAGAGCUGCCACCUCUCUAUUCAGGCGGAUGGGACGGUGACGAACAGUUUUUAUGACCCUAUAUCCGUCCAUUCCUCUAACAUAUGUUCAGACAUGAACCGACCUGGUGAGAUGGUGGAUGACAGCAGAAGACUCACACACUCCAGACCCCAAAACCCUCCCUCACACACCAGCUUCUCUGUUAAAGAGGAGCAGGUUCCUCCCUCUGGACAGGUGUGUGUACGGGGAAGAGAAGCUCCCACAGAAGCUGAGCACACAGCACAGAGCGUAUGUGAUCUGGCAUAUGUCCACGUGGUUGAGGAAGAAGGAGGCUCCCGUUCACACCAUCACCAAUCCAAACCUACACCACCGCCGCCGCCCUCCAGACCUCACAAUGGACCCUCCUCCAGUAGUUCCCCAUCACAAGGAACCUCCGGACUGAGAUCAGCCCAGAGGGAUGCUCCUGGUCUGGGUAUGACCACCAGCAGGAGCCCAGGGGUGGGUGGCUCAUCGCCAGAAGAGCCCAUACGACGCUCCAUCUCUGAGCUGAUGGGAGAGGCACCUGGAGAACGUCCUCACUUGUGUCUGGAGUGCGGAAAGACUUUCCGUCUCAUCUCCAGCUUGAAAAAGCACUUGAGAAUCCACACGGGAGAGAAACCAUAUCCGUGCACCGUCUGCGGCCGCCGUUUUCGCGAGUCCGGGGCUCUUAAGACUCACCUCCGCAUCCACACGGGGGAGAAACCAUAUUCGUGUUCCGAUUGCGGAACGCAGUUUCGUCACCUUGACGGCCUGCGGAAGCACCGCCGCACACAUACUGGUGAAAAACCAUAUGUGUGCAGCGUGUGCGGGAAAAGGCUCAGCCGCCUGCAGCAUCUGAAACACCACCAGCGCAUACACACAGGAGAACGGCCGUGUUGCUGCCCGCUUUGCCACAGAGGCUUUAAAGAUCCAGCUAGUCUGAGGAAACACCUCCGUGCCCAUCAGGGUGAGCCUGGAGCAGAUGAAGCAUUGGGAAUGGCUGGUUUGGGAGAGGGAGAUGGAGGAUCCAUGGAUGAUGAGGAUAUGAGGUUCGGGAUGUGGGGGGAAGAGGAAGGGAAUGAAGGCGAGCCUGUGGUGGACUGUGUUUAGUCAUAGAGUUACAGAUAAGGAAACAAGAAACAUUUUGGUCUUUUUGUGAAAAAAACAAACAAACAAACUCUGACUUAAAGGGAUAGUUCACCCACAGAUAAAAAUUCACCCUCAUGUCAUUCCAAACCCGUAAGAGCUUUGUUUAUCUUCAGAACACAAAUUAAGAUAUUUUUGAUGAAAUCCAAGAGCUUUCUGACCCUGCAUAGACAGCAACACAACUACCAAGUUCAGGCCCAGAAAGGUAAAAAUAAUGACUUUAUUGAACAAUUUCUUCUCUGGACUAUUUUAACAAUGUCCUUACAACCUUUCUGGGACUUGAACAUUCAGUUGCUUUGCUGUCUAUGCAGGGUCAGAAAGCUUACGGAUUUCCUCAAAAAUAUCUUAAUUUGUGUUUUGAAGGUGAACAAAGGUCUUACAAGUUUGGAACGACAUGAGGGUGAAUAAUUAAUGACGGAAUUUUAAUUUUUCGGUAAACCAAUCCAAAAUUCUGUUAUUAUUUACUCACGUUCAAAAUGUUCCAAAUCCUGAGUUUUUUUCUACUGUUAAACACAAAAGACGAUUUUCAACAGUUGCCGGAAGCCACAAUUUUCAUAGUAUUUCCACAGGAAAAAAAUUGUAGUGACCAACAUUUUGCGUGUUUAACAAGAAAGAAACUCAUAUAGGUAUGGAAUCACUUGAGGGUGAGUAAUGACAAAAAUUUUCAUUUUUUGGUUGAACUCUCAUAAAAAUAUUUUAAGGGACAGCUUUUUCCUUUUUUUUUUUUAUUAUUUUUUUAUUUUUUAAACCAAAAUGUGGCGAUUGCUAUACAACAGAGGUUACAUCUUAUCCUGGAUUAAAAAAAAGAAAAACGCUGUCUGUGGCAACACUUUAUUGUAGAGGCUAUAACAACAAACUCAUUAUUUAACAAUAUGGUUAUGUGAAUUUAUCAUGAUAUAUCCAUUUACUUCAAGUACAUAUUAUAUUCCAUGACAUCUCAGAUGUCACAUCAUAUAGAACAGGACUUAUAGACUUGCAGCCUUAUUAUUAUUAUUUUUUUUUUUGUAUAUGUACUGUGUUUUAGUGUAGGGGCUGUUGUUGCUCCAGUGGGACUAACAGGGUAUCACAUGUUCUGCUACUCGUAAGUUAUGGGUGUUUUCAUUGGUGUGAUAAUCAUUUUAAUGUGCCCUCUUUUAGAGAAAGAGCUACGAUGAACACAUUAAAGCCUUAACUGUGGUUUUAUUGCACAGGCUCAUGCACAGAUGUGCUUCAAGAGCUGUAGUGUUUUAAAUUCGGUUCUUCACCUUUAUGUGAUCGGGAGUUUGCCAGCUGCAGAAUAUUCAUUCAGUUUAAACUGGGUGUUUGUUCAGUGCAUCAGCAGGUAGAGUGUUUGGUUCAAGGUGAAGAGUAUCUCACAGGGUGCUGAUCCAAAGAAUCAGAAUUGUGAGUGCCAGGGUUAAUUCAUCUUCAGUUCAGCUGACUCAUCUGUAAAAAUGUAUUUACAUAUUCAACUUAGCUUUUGCAGAUUGGUUUGAAGAAGGAAGGCUUGUCCUUUAGGUUAAGAUAUAAUGAGCCAGCACAGAAAUCAUGUAAACUUUAAAAGUGCUGCCCUCUACUGGAUAUGUGAGGGAUGGACUGUUACUGCCAAGUUGCUUUUUUGAGUGGUUCUCCUCCAAAGAUGGAGACACAUUAUUUCUGUUGUGGCCAUGGUGUCAGUCUGUGUGGUUUUGUGAAUACAUUUCUUUUUUCCUUUCUUUUUUAUAUCUCAUGAAAUGCCAUUUUGUACAUCUGACUUGUAUAUUCUGUAUAUUGAACUGAAAUAGAUUAGUCUUAAAAAUUUCAAGCCAGAAACUGGAGCUUAAAAAGAUCCAUGACAAGUGUUUUAAUAACUCUAUUUAAACUGUUCACUUUGUUUCAAUAUUUCAUUUGUUUCUGUGCCCACAUGUGAUGAUGAAUUUAGAGAUGUUGUUGCAGAUGUUUGAAGGUUGUAGUUGAUUCAACAAAAAGUUCAACAAAAAUGAUUAUAGUUAGCACUCCAAAAACUUGUUAGUGUAAAAAGCUCAUUGGAUUCAUCCUUAGUAAAUAUGCAGAAUAUAAUGUUUGAUACUGACAUUCAUUUGCUAGCAUUAGACCAGUAUUUUGGGCUCUUCUGCAACUUUUAAGUGUAAUUCUAUAAUACAAGUUGAGGGACAGCAACACAUCAGCCAAAUGGAGGUUUCAAGAUUCAAAACAGUUGUUUGUAAUGUUUAGUUUCAAUAUAUGGUAUGAUCAAUGUAAUCUUUCAUUCUCCAUGACUAUACUUCAUUGUAAGAUAUCAAUACAGGUCAAUUUUCAUGAGAAAACUUUGAAAUCUGCUGAGAUUUCUUUUGCUAUAACAUCUCUACUUGCAUAUCCUUCAAUAUGUAUUUUCUGUCAUUAUACUCUUUAAUUAAGAAGGGCACAGUCGUCAUCUCCUUUGUAACAAUCAAGUUCACUCAUAUUCAAAAUGAUGUACCAACAGUAUUAUAAUCAUUUAAAAUUAAAACUUUUCAAAUGUAUCAAUUA